AUGUAUUAUUUCAAUAAUAAUGCCAAAUCAAAGAAUGGUAACAUGUGUAAAAGUAGCCACAAAUCUGAUUGUGCCUCUUUGUACAGUUUCAGCAGUCAAAAACUACUGGACGAUAGGCUUAAAAGGUCACUCGAGAUUUUCGAAAAAAAUCACACAAAACCUGAUUCAGAAGGUACUGAGUGUAGUGGUACUAAGUGUGUUAGACGCUCCCAAUAUAAACCCACGGCCCAACCAUUGCCUAUCAACUUCCCUGUUAGAUAUGCAAAUGAUCAAACCCAUGCAUUUCAAUACAGUCAAAAUUCACAAUCAAGCACAUAUUCUAUUAGUUCUAUAAAUCAUCACAUCUCAACUGAACGAAUUAAUUCAGCGAAUAAUAAUACUAACUACAGCUAUAACAACUGUACCAAUGUGAAUUCCACAAAAAAAUUAUAUAAUACAAUUUUUAUUGAACUAAAAACCAGAAUAGAAGCAUUGGAAAGUGAUAUCAAAUCAUUACAACAAGAGUUAUACGGGUCUAACAUUGAUAUAUUUGCUAGACCUAUUGUUAUGCAUAGGAGAUUGCUCUAA